AUGGUUAGUUUUAAAGAGAACAUAGAAAUUUAGGAUUUGCAUUCAUUGAAAAAUGAUGGAGAAGGAAUGAAGGCAAGUGUCCUAAUAAAGACUGGAGAUAAUCGAUAAUUGAUGAAACUUUUUCAGAGGAAGCUUAUCUUUAUGAGAUAAGAAUGA